UUCCGUCUUACGUUACCGGCCGAUUUCUUGUUGACAAGAAAGCCACCUCUCACAACAGAAGUUACUAUUUAAGCAUUUUGAUAUAAUGGCCUCACCCAAUUCAUAUAAGUUAAGUUGCUCCAUACCUGGGCAUGAAAUGGAUGUUAGAGGUCUUUCAGCUGCUGUUUUCCCUGAGGGAGCUUUUGUAUCUGUUUCCAGAGACCGAACCGGACGAGUCUGGGUACAGAACUCAAGCCCCGACAUGGGUUUCACAGAAAUGCACUGCAUGACAGGCCAUCAGAAUUUUGUAUCAUGUGUGUGCGUCAUCGCGCCAAGUGACACAUAUCCACGGGGACUCAUAGCCACAGGCGGAAAUGACCACAACAUUUGUGUUUUCACACUGGACCAACCGCAACCAUUGUUUACCCUCAAGGGACACAAAAACACAGUGUGUGCUCUGUCUUCUGGGAAGUUUGGAACACUUUUGAGUGGCUCAUGGGACACCACAGCCAAAGUCUGGCUCAAUGAGAAAUGCAUGAUGACCUUACAGGGGCACUCUGCGGCAGUGUGGGCGGUGGUCAUAUUACCGGAACAAGGUCUCAUGCUGUCUGGAUCAGCCGACAAGACCAUCAAGCUUUGGAGGGCCGGACGCUGUGAGAAGACGUUUACAGGUCACGAGGACUGCGUGCGGGGCCUGGCGGUGGUCAGCGAUCUGGAGUUUUUCUCCUGUAGCAACGACACCAGCAUCAGGAGGUGGCUGGUGACCGGCGAGUGUGUGCAGGUCUACUACGGCCACACCAACUACAUCUACAGCCUGGCCGUGUUCCCCAACGGUCAAGACUUUGUCAGCACCGGAGAGGACCGGACUCUGAGGAUCUGGAGGCAGGGCGAGUGCCAACAGACCAUCCGUCUCCCGGCCCAGUCAGUCUGGUGCUGCUGUAUCCUGCCCAACGGGGACAUCGUCGUGGGAGCCAGCGACGGACUCAUCCGAGUGUUCACUGAGGUGGAGGAGCGCAUGGCCAGCCCCGAGGCCCUCCAGGCCUUCGAGGACGAACUCUCCAAGACCACCAUCGACCCAAAGACCGGGGACCUGGGGGACAUCAAGAUGGAGGAUCUUCCAGGGAGGGAGCACCUUGAUGAGCCUGGGAACCGGGACGGACAGACGCGACUCAUCAAAGAGGGCCAGAACGUGGAGGCGUACCAGUGGAGCGUGGCCGACAGCCGCUGGGUGAAGAUCGGAGACGUGGUGGGAGGGUCCAACCAGCAGACCUCCAAGAAGGUCAACUACGAGGGGAAGGAGUACGACUUUGUCUUCACCAUCGACAUCAACGAGGGAGGCCCUUCCAUGAAGCUGCCGUACAACGUGACGGACGACCCCUGGUUGACGGCCCACAACUUCCUGCAGAAGAACGACCUCAGCCCGAUGUUUCUGGACCAGGUGGCCAACUUCAUCAUCGAGAACACCAAAGGCCACACCCUGGGAGCCGCCCCACCCGGCGCUGCCGACCCUUUCACUGGCUCAGGUCGCUACAUCCCUGGGGCUGCCGAUAACCGAGCGGGCUUCGGGGCUGACCCCUUCACGGGAACUGGCCGGUACAUCCCAGGAACGGGCACUCCAUCGGGGGCUCCACUGGCUGCGGCAGACCCCUUCACAGGGGGGGGGGCGUACUCCUCGGCGGCCUCGAGGCAGACCUGCACCAACAUCUACUUCCCCAUUACUGUCGGGGUAACCUUCGAGCAAGCUAACACCACACAGAUAAUGGUCAAGCUGAGGGAGCUGAACGUCGGGGCCCCUGGGGAUUGUAAGCUGUCUGAGGAGGUGCUGAGGAGCCUGGAGAAGCUGCUGGUGUCUGUGUGUGACCCCCAAGCCUCAGAGCAGCCCACCACAGAGCAGAUCAGCCUCCUUUGGAAGACCACUCACUGGCCAGAAGACAUUGUCUUCCCCAUCCUGGACAUCCUGAGGUUGGCAGUGCGCCACCCGCAGGUCAACCAGAGUCUGUGCGGCAGCGGCGCGGACGGAGUGGCGCUCUGCAACCACCUGCUGAACCUUAUGAAACCACAGGGGCGGCCAGCCAAUCAGAUGCUGGCGCUGCGGACACUAUGCAACUGCUUUGGCGGCCAGCAUGGCCGAGACCUCUUGCUGGCCCACCGGGAGGCGGUGCUGUCCCGCGCCACCGACCUUUGCUCCGUGUGCAACAAGAACAUUCACAUCGCCCUGGCGACCCUGGUGCUCAACUACGCCAGCUCCCUCCAUGGCCAGGCCGACCUGGAGGCCAAGGCCCAGUGCCUGUCGGUGGCCAGUGCCGCGCUGGAGUCGGUGCAGGACAAGGAGGCCGUGUUCAGGCUCCUGGUGGCCCUGGGGACUACGGUGGCCUCCGACCAGAUGGCCCAGGACCUGGCCAAGUCACUGGGGGUCACGUCGCAGAUCGCCAAGUACAGCAGCGUCACCGACCCGGCCAAAGUGGGCGAGUGCUGCCAACUGGUUUUAAGAGAAUUGCAGUGACCUGAUUAGAUUUUGUUUGUUUGUUUCCAAGGGACCGUUUCCAUCCAUCUCCACAUUACUAGUCCCUGUUCAUGUGUUUAAUACAUCUGACGGCCGGAUUGAGUUGGAUUGCAUGUGCUGCAAUAAAGAUAUGUACAAAUUUAA